UGAGAUGGCUGGAUCGAAGGAACAUGAAGACACGAUCCUUCGCCCCAGAUCUGCAGAGUUUAUACCGGACGGAUGGAAUUUCCCGUUUCAGAGGGGCCAGCAUGAUGUAAUGCUGUUCGCCGCACAUUAUUAUUUUUUUUUUUCUGGCGAUCAGCAGUUAAAACUGGCGGUGACCCUCCCCCCAUCCACCCCGCCACAGCAAAUCCUUCCAUCAUCUUGCAAUUGCCAUUCAGUCAAUUCAUCCGAUCACAAUGGCAGCCCUCAAGCUCAACAGCAAGAACCUGUCGCAGAUUUCGGCGGCAGGUAAGACACUGGUCAAGAUCCCUACCUACCAGCGUGGUGGCGCUGUCAAGGAGGGAAUCGUCCACGUUGGCGUCGGCGGUUUCCAUCGAGCUCACCUGGCUUUCUAUAUCGACCGGUUGAUGCAGAAGCAUGGUGUUACUGACUAUGCAAUUUGUGGAGUUGGAUUACAGCCGUUCGACGCCGCCAUGCGCGAUGCCUUGGGAUCGCAGGACUACCUCUACACCCUAGUUGAACGCUCGGCCAAGGGAAGCUUUGCCCACGUUAUCGGCAGCAUCAACUCCUACCUCUUCGCACCCGAUGAUCGCGAGGCUGUCAUUGCCAAGAUGGCGCACCCUGAUACGCAUAUUGUGUCUCUCACCAUCACUGAGAGCGGUUACUACUACAAUGAGAACACCCACGAGCUGCAAAGCGAGCACCCCGAUAUCCAAUUCGACCUCGACCCGGCCAACGAGAAGGCACCACGCACCACUUUUGGCUUCCUCUAUGCCGCCCUGUCACAGCGCCGCCAGCAAGGACUCAAGCCCUUCACCGUCAUGUCGUGCGAUAACAUGCAGAAGAACGGCUCCAUCACUCGCCACAUGCUCGAGUCGUUUGCACGCCUACGUAACCCCGAGAUGGCGAAGUGGAUUAACGAGCAAGGCGCCUUCCCCAACGCCAUGGUCGACCGUAUCACACCUCAGACGAAAGCCACGGACAAAACGGCUCUCGCAGAGCACUUUGGCAUCGAGGAUGCAUGGCCAGUUGUCACGGAGCCCUUCUCGCAGUGGGUUAUCGAGGACCAGUUCUCCGACGGCCGCCCUCCGUUUGAGAAGGCCGGUGUUCAGGUCGUCAAGAAUGUCCACGACGUCGAGCAGUUUGAGAAGCACAAACUGCGCCUUCUCAACGGCAGCCACUCGGCCCUGGGUUACCCAGGUCAACUGGCGGGUUUCAAAUACGUCCACGAGGUCAUGGAGAACCCGCUGUUCCGCAAGUUCGUGUGGCAGAUGAUGCACGAGGAGGUGAAGCCACUCUUGCCCGAGAUUCCGGGCGUCAACAUUGAUGAGUACAUCAACACGCUCGUCGAGCGCUUCUCCAACCCAACCAUCAUGGACCAGCUGCCUCGCAUCUGCCUCAACGCUUCUGGCAAGAUUCCACAGUUCAUCAUGCCGUCGAUUGCCGAGGCGAUCUGGGUCACUGGCCCGUUUCGCCGCCUGUGCUUCGUCGCGGCUGCCUGGUUCCAUUACAUCAACGGCGUCGACGACAACGGCAAGACGUUCGAGGUCGACGACCCUAUGCGCGAGGAGCUGCAGGCCAAGGCUCGCGCUGGUGGCACCAACCCGGCGGAGUUGCUUAGCAUCAAGAGCCUGUUCGGCGACGACUUGCGCGGUGACAAGAGGUUCAUCCAGGAGGUCACUACGGCUAUGGAAGACAUUGCCCGGGACGGUGUCCUGAAGACGCUUCCCAAGUACAUUAACUAAUGGCCACGGCCCGGAGCUGUUGGAUUGGUGAAAAGGGCACAUACAGUUGUAUCUAUGAGCGAUGCCUUAAUGGUUUCUUUACAUUUGUUGAUUGUACAAGAAAAGCACAAUGGAGAUAGAUGAUGAUAGACCAAAAACCCUAAUUUUCACUUCAUUGCAUGUCCU